AUGAAAUCUGUGUUUGAUAUUGCCAGAAGUCAUGUCACGUUUCCUGUUUCGAGGGACGGCACAGCGUUACGGCGGGUGCUGAAGGACUGGCUGGACUACACGGAAUGCCAGUCACUUCAAGCGAAACCAGCCUUCCCCGCGGAGCUAUGCAUCACGGUGCACCCCUCAGUUAAAUCGAUGUCACGUGUUUACACUCAAGGUGACCCCAAAAUGAGUGGGGAAGUCUGUCGUCGACCAGGAGAGGCCGCGUCGCUUAGCUACACGAAGCGCGUUCGAUUGUUGCUGUGGUCAGCGGUGCUUCCCUGGGAAGUGCAACGCGGGCUCUCCAUGAGUGUGCUCGAGCCUCCGGGAAAUGGUGGAAGCGUGCUUGGGGAGGUCGGUGUGCGACACGGACUUGGCGGCAGUGGGGGGGCCGUCGACGGUGGGAGCGCGGUUGCGACUAAGGGGUGGAAAGAAGUGGAAGACUCACUUGGAGUGGUAACUGACCCAACCACCGGUACGGCUGCUGAUUUUGUGAGCGGUCCACAGUGCUCAACUCUUGGCGCUUCCAUUAUCCCGGGCAUGCUGUUCGUCAUGAGUCCUGAGUCCGCGGCACAGGGGCUGUGCUUUUGGAGCGGGGCUAUUCGCCAGCCUAUCGACAUCGCCUUUAUCGCCCCUGUGGAGCCACCUGCGGCGGACACACCAUCCUUCAGCGAGCUGCGACAGAGACGACUGCAGCUUUCGUUAGAGGGCUACGAUAUUUCCCGCUUCUUCCCUGAUGGUGAGUUGGAAUCUCCCACGGUCACGUUUGCAGUUCAGUCCCACUCCUACCUUGACCCAUUUCCCGACUGUGAGCAAAGAGACCAACAGGUUGGCUGCGGUAGCAGUAGAGAAAGAAACAAAGGUAUCGAGGACAGCAGGAGAUAUACAGCGACACCCGAGGGCGUGGGGAGGGGAAACGAGAACGUUCGUUAUGUGUUGGAGACAAGGCGGAACCUGUUGCGAGAUAGUAUAAGAAGCGCCCUAAGGGAAUGUCGUUGCACCCAUGGUGGGGUGGUUUGGGCCUCUAACACGGGGUGCGCCGCCGACGGCAAUCCAACCGGUACAGGCGAGUGUGACGUUGAGGUUACCAUUUCGUUGACACUUUCCGAUGAACUCAAGGAGGAUUUGCGUGAAAAGGCACGUUUGUACACAAAUUACGUCGUACCACUGGAGGGGCAUGUACGUCGCCAUAUCAAGUGCCUCAGUGGUAUAUCCCCGCAUCCAAAAGGCGAUGCGACUGACGGAAGCGACGCGCUACAGCAAAAGGGCACUGAGGCUGUGUGGGGAGAAGAGGGCUGUGUUUGUACAAAUGGAAGCGCCCCUUUUGUUGCUCCACCGCCCAUUAUUAAACCUCCUCUUCCAGUUAAAGUGGGCACGCUCGCGUCCACCCGCCCGCGGUCCCCAAUGCUGGCAGAUGAGGCUGAGGGGAGAUCAACCCGUCUUGCACCAAGUGUAUUUGGCAAGCACGAUGCUCCGGCACUUCAACGUGCCCAGCAAGAGUGCAACCAACUUAUUAGCGCCAGUGCCCUCGCUCGCAUCCCAAACACAUCACCGCGUGCCCCAGAGAUUCCCCCCAUUGACUACGAAAUAUUUGAUCUCUGUCUCCGUCUAGGCCUCUGCCAGUCUGAGGCUAUUUACUACUUUUAUGGACGCAUUAUGCGUGAGUGGAGUAAAGAGUUGCGGAGGCUACGUGCUGCGAAGUCCCACGGUGAGGGUGGUGUGAAUGAUGGGAAUGAUAUGGUUCUCCGUGAGGAAGAUGUUCAUCGCAUGUUGCGUCUUGUCCACGACCCCUCGCUACAAGUUCCACCUGAAUUAUCGGCAUGUGUUGAGGCUGUCGCGAGUCUGCGCAAAAUAACGAACGAGGUUGGGGUGCCGGUAGUGUAG